AUGAGCAUUAGUUUAGAGCAAGUAAUUGGUUUCAGAGUGAAGAUAACUAAUGUUUUAGACGAAGUUACAGAAGGUAAAAUAUAUUCGUUUAACUCUUCUAAUAACACGAUAACUCUGCAGACUACGCCGAUAUCAAGGAAGAAAACUCAACAUUCCAAUCUACAUGACUUCAAGAUCAUUAAGUGCUCUUUUAUCAAGGAUUUGACUGUCUUGAACACCGAAAAGCCUUCGUUCAAUCUGUUUAGAAAACAGUUUAUUAAACCUUCUUUCACUAACGUUGAGAGGAUCGAGGCAAUGUUAAGAGAUAGCCUCAAUGGCGCAAAUAAAACAGCUAGUAAUAGUAGUAAAGUAUCUCCUGAAUGUCAGAUGAUACUAUCUGCAAUUAAAAAAACGAUAUCUGGCACAAGACUGGAUGAAGAGGGCAAUAUUAUUGUUCUUGAUGCCUUAAAAAUCAUUUCUCCAUACAAACCUGAAAAUAUUGUGAAAUUGAAUAAGCAUUUAGAUGACGACUCACUUUUUUUAGUAGAAAAAAUUGUAGGAGCUACCUGGAACAGACAUCACCAUACUUAUGACAAAAACGAGGAAGAUGGUAGAAAAGGUGGUUAA